CCAUCUAGUGGCUGUUACCCAAAAAGGAUAAGAGUUUCGUCUCUUGGGUUCUAUACUCUUUGCUAGUACACAAUGAUUCAACCACUAAUAGGUCCACGCCACUGUUCUUUGGGAUAAACUGUAAAGGAAAUCAUAUUUGAGCUGUAUUUCUGUCGAGAUACUUGGACUUUGUAAAAUCUUGACAGUAUUCAUAUGUUCACUAUUCAUCUUUGAACACUGCAAAGAAAUGUCUGAAUCUGCAGUGAGUCAGUAUGCGGAUCAGUUCAGCUGUCCAGUCUGUUUGGAUCCUCUGAAGGAGCCGGUGACGAUUCCCUGUGGACACAGUUACUGUAUGAGCUGUAUUACUGACUGCUGGGGCCAGAAGGAGCAGGGGCCGCCGUACCGCUGUCCCCAAUGCAGAGAGAGCUUCAGUCAGAGACCUCUACUGAAGAAGAACACUCUGAUAGCUGAGAUGAUGGAGACGCUGCAGAAGACGUCCCUACAAACGGCUGCUGUGGAGUGUGAUGUUUGCACUACAGAGAAGAACAGAGCUGUAAAGUCCUGUCUGCAGUGCUUGGCCUCCUUCUGUCAAACUCACCUGCAGCUUCACUAUGAAUCUCCUGCGUUUAUGAAGCACAAACUAGUCGAAGCUUCCAGAAACAUUCAGGAGAACAUCUGCCUCAGUCAUGGGAAACUUCUGGAGAUUUACUGUCAGGAUGAUCAUCAAUGCAUUUGUUACUUGUGUAUGAUUGACAAUCAUAAAAACCACAACAUGGUGUCUGUGGAUUCAGAAUGGACUAGUAAGAAGAAAGAGUUAAAGGAGAUAAAGGAAGAGUGUCUGAAGCUGAUCCAGGAGCGAGAGAGAGGUCAGCGGGAUCUCAUUGAAGCUGUGAAGUUUCUUAAAAGUUCAGCUCUAGAGACCAUGGAGGACAUUGAGAAGGUCUUCACUGAGCUCAUCUGCUCUCUUGAGAAGAAACGCUCUGAGAUUAAAGAGCAGAUCAGAGCUCAGGAGAAGACUGAGAUAGAUCGAGCAGAGGAACUUCACAAACAUCUGGAUCAAGAGCUGACAGAACUCAGAAAAAGACAAGCAGAGAUUGAGAAACUUCUGAUUACUGAUGAUCAGAUCCAGUGUCUGAAGAGCUGUCAGUCUGUGUGUGUUUUACCCACAUUUGAAGAUGUUCCCAUCUUCACUCAACACACUCAUCUGUCUUUUAAAGACAUUUCAAUCUCAGCGUUUAAGGAAGUUUUGGAGGACGUCUAUCAACAACAAACCGCAAGAAUAUCUCGAGAAGUGUCAAAUGUCCAUGUUUCAGUGUCUCCAGAACCUGAAGCUCCAAAUGAAUUUUUGCAGUAUUUCUGUCAGCUGCAACUGGAUCCAAACACUGCACAAGAAAACCUCAUCCUGUCAGAAGAGAACAGAAAAGCAUCACAUUCAGUUGAAGUUCAGCAGUAUCCUGAUCACCCAGAGCGAUUUGAUGGAUAUUGCCAUGUCCUGUGUCGAGAGGGUUUGUACGGUCGCUGUUACUGGGAGGUGGAGUGCAGUGGGAACGACUGGUCUGUAGCAGUUUCCUACAUAGGAAUUAAUCGUAAAGGAAGAAGUGAUGACUGCAGACUGGGGUUUAACAACAAGUCCUGGAGACUGACCCACUGUCAACAGAAUUUCUAUGUCAGAUACGAUAAUGAGCAUGUCUCAAUCCCUGCUGUCUGCUCCUCUAGAAUAGGAGUGUAUCUGGAUCACAGAGCAGGAACUCUGUCCUUCUACAGCGUCUCUGACACAAUGACUCUCCUUCACAGAGUCCAGACCACUUUCACUGAACCCUUAUACCCUGCUUUUGGGGUUUGUAAUGGUUCAUCUGUCAGGAUCAUAGAGCAGAGGAAAAUUUAGAUCAGUAAUGAAAGACUCACAAGAUGUCUUAAACUGUUUACAGUUAAAAAUAUAAAUAAACUCAAAUAAUUUAUAGAUUUCUGCAUCACAUCUCCACGUGACGCACAUACAACCAGACGAUUGCAGUUAAUCAGUUCAUAAGCCAGAAGGUAUCCGCUUUAGUUUGCAAAGUCCUCACAUUUCACAAACGUUUUCAUUUUUGUGUGAACUAAUUUUCAAUGUAAAAUCUACUGACAAUUCACCAAUUCUAAUAGUCAUGAUUAGAUAUUUGAAAACGUUCUGUACAAUAGCAAAGUCACAGCAAUAAAAUUUAUAAACUUCUGUCAAGAAAAAUGGCUUUUAGAGCUGUCAAAGUGCUCAUAAUAUUGCAUUAGAUUAAACAUGUUUAACAGCGUUGAUAAAUGUACCUAAUUAGGCAUUAGCUGAGUCAUUCUCUGUAAUUCUUUUGCGUGAUUUCUAAAGUGUUUUGCAUUUUUCAUGACUUUUGAUUAAUUGAUUAAGUGAGACAAAUAAAGAGCACAUCUGCCCCAUUUGUUUACAUUGUGUUUACAAAGUCCAAGUGAAAUGCCAAACUCAGCUGAACUCUUUACUGCCAGGAUAAUAUAACACAAUGUGAUUGCUAUUCAUAUAGAUUAUAUGAUAUCUUUAAGUGUUUGUAUUUCACUUGCAGUUUAAGGAAAAUAUGUUGUGGUUGCGUAUGUGUGUGUGUGUAAAAAUAUUUUUUUAAUUCUGCUAAAUUGGCAAAUGACCUGCCAUAUAAUGAAAUAGGAAUCACAAUAUUACCAAUCAACCAUGUUCAGUAGCACAUAUAUGGAGCUUGGCUGGAUGUCAUUUUAUGGUGAUUUUCUGUUCACUAUAUACUUUACAUGAAAGAAAUGUUACUUGUCACACAUUGCUACAAAAAUAAAAGUACUAUAUAGGGCCUACAUGCAAAUGUGCAAAAUCUUUUUUUGUGUACUGCAGUAUUAACUUUUCCUAGGUAAUGUUUAACUACUGCUGAAAUCUGCAUCUUAAAAGCUCAGUGUGAUACACAAUAACUUUCAGCUAGAUUCCAAAAAACUUAAUUUUGGUGGCACUGGCACAAUAAAUAUGUCCAGUAGGUGGCAGCAAUGGACUAAAGGGUUUUCGAGUUUGCCAUAUAACUCUAAAAGAACAAGAGGAUGCGCAUGCGCAGAGAGAAAUUCGAGAGAUUAAAUGAAUGCUGAAGUGUUUACGUUUUAAUGCAAUGAAACGCAUUAUGUGUCCUAGUUUAGUAUUAAUUAGAGUGUAAUAUGUUGGCAGAGAGCUCUUCAUAGACUCUGAAUCUGGUGCCCCUCCCAACACAUCAACAGUAAAUACUGGGAAUAUUCCCAUCAUUCUACAAGAGAAGGACAAACUCCAGAUAUUAAAGCUGAAAUCUGUGUGACUGUUAAAGAUGGCAUUUGUUGAAGUGGAGAUUGAAGACAUGAGUGAUCCAGAACCAUCCAGAAUGAAUCAUGAAGAUACUGAGGAACAAACAGAUUGGAUGGAAGUGAAAGAGCAAAGACAAGAACUGAAUGAAGCGGAGGAGGAACAUUGUAACACCUGCUCUCAGCGUGGAAAGAGUUUCAGACAUAAAUCAGCUCUCAGGAAUCAUCUGCCCGUCCACUCUGGAAAAAAGCCAUUUGACUGUGAUCAGUGUGAUAAAAAAUUUAGCUCAUUGUCACAUCUCAACAAACACCUAAAAAUUCAUUCAGACGAAAGGCCUUACUUGUGUACUGUUUGUGGAAGGAGUUUUGCAAGACGAGACAGUUGUAAACAGCACCAGAAAAUACACAAUGACGUGAGAGAUCAUGUGUGCCUGAAGUGUGGGAAGAGCUUUACUACGGUUGGCCAAUUGAAACAACACCAAAUAAUUCAUACUGGAGAAAAACCUUACAAGUGCUCAUAUUGUGACAAGAGUUUCACUCAGCCUGGAAACCUGAAAUCACAUGAGCGAGUUCACACUGGAGAGAAGCCGUACCACUGUACUCAAUGUGAGAAGAGUUUCAAAGACGCAAUCGGUCUCAAAAGUCAUCUGUACAUUCACUCUGGAGAAAAGCCAUUUAUCUGUGAUCAUUGUGGUAAAGAUUUUAAUUCAUCAUCAAAUCUGAAAAGCCACCUGAAAGUCCAUACAAAUGAGAGGCCUUAUGUGUGUUCCUUCUGUGGCAAGAGUUUUUCAGUGCAGGAAAGUUGUAAACUGCAUGAGAAAAUACACACCGGUGUGAGAGAUCAAGUGUGUUGUGAGUGUGGGAAGAGCUUCGUUACACGUGGCCAGCUGAAACGGCACCAGAUAAUUCAUACUGGAGAAAGACCUUUCAAGUGCUCAUAUUGUGAAAAGAGUUUCUCUCUGUCUGCACACCUGAAAUCACAUGAGCGACGUCAUACUGGAGAGAAGCCGUACCACUGCGCUCAGUGUGGAGAGCGUUUUAAACAUUCAAACUCUGUAGCAAAUCAUAUGAAAAAGCAUUUUCCAAAGUUUCACAAUGAGCAAAAUCCAUCCAUCCAGUUAGUUAGUUUUUAGUGCUUUAUUGUCAUGACUAAUAUUAUACAUUUGUAUUGCUAAAGUAAUUGCAGUGUUUCUGCAUUCAAUUAAAGGCACAAUAUGUAAUGUUUCACCACUAGAGGUCGCCUAUUCAAAACACAGAGACACCGAGAUUGAGCGCAGAAUCAUGGGAGAUGUCUUUUUCACCUCACAGCUGGUGGAAAAGAAUCUGACGGGACUCGGGCAGAAAUCAUAUUGAUGGAUGAGAGUGCUGUUGGAGCAGAACGAGGCCGCUGAAGCACGAGCACGACACACGGCUCAAGAGAAGCAGAACUUUUGUUAUGCCACAGUCGCCGCUUCCGCUUCUUCCGGUCAAGCAUAUGUGGGGUAACGCAGAGCUGUUUAUCAUAUUAGAUACAUUUGACUGUGUUAAAAAUGAUGUUAUAAUGUUACUCUGUGCGUUCGCUCUGAGGCUUCUAUGAGACACUUGUUGCACACUGCAGUAAGCUAGAUUGAUAUUAGAAUAUCAUAUUAAUAUAAUCAAGGAAAGGAGAUUCAAACAAUAAGACUAAACGUGUUGAGCUGUCUAUAAAUGUCUGUCUAUAAAUGUAUCCAAACAGCUGUUCCCUUGUCUAAUAAAACAUGUAAUAUAUUAAAGCGCA